GUAUUCUCUAUAUAGCCACAGCAGACUUAGGAAGGAAGUAUUUCUAUCAAGAAUGUUGUGGACAGUCUUCCUUCUGGGCUUAUGGCUCAAUAUAAGCAACGCUCAAGAGAUAAUUUAUGGCAAGAACAAGUAUAUUGAAUACCAGGUUGGGAACAUGAGCUUGAUCUUGACUGCCCCCCAUGGUGGAUCUCUAACACCAUCUUCAAUACCUACUCGCGAUACAGGAUGUUGGGAAAAAGCUACAGGAAAUUGCUACUACACACAUUCCUGUCCUUCAGGAUCUGUGAAAGACUCUGUUAAUUGUAAGGUUACAACAGUAAAGGAUCUAUACACUCAGGAAAUGGCUUUGGCUGUGGCCAAGGAGAUAUGUCGUCUAACAUCUGGAUUCUGUCCCCAUAUUGUUAUCAACAAUCUGUCAAGGUCUAAGUUGGAUCCUAACAGAGACAAGGAUGAAGCAGCCUUUGGUGUCCCUGAUGCAGACCAAGCUUGGGAUGAGUUCAUGGGUUUUAUCCGUAGUGCAAAGUCUCAUAUGUCACAAGGUUUACUCAUUGAUAUACAUGGUCAGUCCCACCCCGAACAAUGGAUUGAACUUGGCUAUCUCAUUUCCAAAGCAAAUUUAGAUUCUGGGAAAUUUUCUGCAUCCGAUACCUCCAUUUAUGCUUUGUCUAAAAGAAGGCCAGAUGCAUCUUUUGAAGAAUUGCUUCGUGGAAGACAAAGCUUAGGAAUGUUUAUCGAAGAACAGAAUGUUAAUUAUGUCUGUGUCCCUUCUCCUUCAAAUCCAGGGCCGAAUGGUGGUGCAUACUUCUCUGGAGGAUAUAUUACCAGCACUCAUGGCUCCAAAAUAUCUGGAGAAGUUGAUGCAAUUCAAAUUGAAUUGCCCAAGUGGAUUCGGGAAAAUGUUGAACGUCCCAAAUUUGCAGCUGUGUUAGCCAAAGCUAUUCUGAAUUUCUAUCAGUUCAGUUUUGAGAAAAUGUAAUGCAACACUAAUUUUUCCAAUAAACAUUUACAUGACAUAG